AUGUACAACCACAAUGAUGGCAAUGAUUCGCCUAUGCAGCCAAACAUAAGCACCUUUUCUCCGAAAAGACCGCCUCAGUUCAGGAAUUGCAACUAUGACUGCGGACUCGGCUGCAAGAAGGAUAGCGACGAUGAGGGUGGCGGGGCCGAUGAUGACCAGACGGUCGUCGGCGAGGAGGAAAACCUGUAUUCAGAUGCAGAGGCGCAGGAUGAAAGUGGUGGAGAGUCUGAAGAUCUCAGCGGAUCCGAGGAAUCGAUGCCGGACUCUGGCGCAUCCGCUUCGGACGGUACGGGCGGCGAGUUUUCGUCUUCGCUGGAGAGUGGCGAUAUGUCUGCGAGUAUGGUGGUUGAGCCAACUUCGUCGGGGGACCGCAGCCCAGUAAUUCGUGCAAGCAUUCCCGCUCGUAGCUUGUCGCCCAACCCAGGAAAUACUAUACCAUUGAUAGGCCUCAUACCUGUCCCGUCUCCCUUGCCGAUGAGGUACUACUUCCUACAAACACCCUUGCGGCUCAGUCCGCAGGUUGAGGAUUGUAGAGGGGAUCCGGCAUCGCUUCCAGUCGUUCCGGAUCGUAUUCGGUUGUCAUUCUUGAUGGAGCAG